AUGAUCUACCGACUUUUAUUCGUUGUUAUUUUGCUAUUGGUUACUGUAGAUGCGUGUAAAUCGAAUGGCGCAUGCGGUUGUUGUGGAUGUCGAGCGAAGGCGAAAGCGAGAGCAGCGAAUCGUGUCGAUAUUGACGAUGUGAAAGAACUCGACGAAAAAGAUGACGGCAACAUUUUUGGUUUGAAGAUUUGGAAUGAUACUGACAUCAAAGUGACCGACGAAAACAUCGCUCGACUUACGAAUCCGAACCAUCUGUUCCACUUAUGUUGCGAAGAAAGAAGGCUUCCACCAGCGUGUAUCCAAAAAUGCCAUUUCAAUAUUUACGACAAAAAUGUGCUUGAAUCGAUGUUCGUCGGAACUGACGACUGUCCGCUCGACUUCCUUCCCGAGAUGCAAUUCUGCGCAGCGCAAGGAAGAGAUCACAAAAAUUGUUGCGAAGGACGAGGGGUUGGAGACACGUCUGCCGGCGAGAGAUGCCUCACAUUCUGCGAUCAACGACCCGACAUUUAUACCCCAAUCGACUACAGUUAUUCUCCAUGUCUUGACAGAUUCGAGGACAUGAAGAGAUGCUUUUAUGAUGAUAUUCGAACGACCGCUCGAAAACAUUUCGUCGCGAAAAUGAACAAGAAAAUUAAUUUUAAUUGA